CGCAAGAAGAUUAAGAUUGCCCCCAUCACCGAUGACCGCAACCGUAGCGUAACGUACCUCAAGCGCAAGGCCGGUCUGAUGAAGAAGGCCCAUGAGCUGGCCAUCCUGACCAACAGCGAGGUAGCCGUGAUCGUCUUUAGCCAGAACAACAAGCUAGCCGAGUUCAGCAGCUCCGACAUC